CGCUUCCGAUGUGGUCGUUUGCGUGGAGAAGUAGUGAACUUUCGGAAGUAUGUUUCUGAUUUUGAAACUGCUGCUGGUGGCGCGUGUUGUGUUCGGCGGGAGAUCCUUCGAUGGGAUUAUUGCCAACGGUCGUCCGGAUCCGCAGGAACUGAUCGGUCCGGAUGCUCUGCUGGCCCGUUUGGAUAGGCUGCUGGAUGCCUGUAUAGUUAAUUAUGAAGAUCUGACCACGGAUUUGCUGCUGGGGAUAGCGAUUGCAAACGGACAACUCCAAACAAUACUGGCUGAAUCCGAGCUUCCCAAUCGGCCGUUUAUCGAAGCGUUGCAACGAAAAUGUGCAUACGUUGAGAGCCGCUUGGACAGCAUUUUUUCGUUUCCUAGUGGAGCCAAUGCUGUUGUGAGUAAACUUCUGAUCGAUUCACAUUUCUGGCGUGAGUCACCCGGCGAUGACGGUAGUCCGGCAUCAAAUGAUUUGCAUCUGUCGGAAAGCGGGCCAAAGCCAAAGUUCUCUCGGAAGGCUUUAAGGAACUAUCUACAAGUUCUAGAUGUGGACGCGGCACCCAGCGAGCUGCAAUCGGAUCAAUGCUUAUCGGAACUGCUCGUUAAUGAGUCGGAAAAUGAGUAUAAUGCGUCAGCAGGAGCAAAGUUCGGCAAAAUGUUGCACCUGAGCCAGGAAUGUAAUGCGGCCAUGUCCGUGAGACGGCGAUCUUACGGUUAUCAUCUGACUCAUAAAUUACUGUUCUAUAUCAUUCUGGCUAAGCAACGGUUCGCCAAUGUUGAGCUGGAUUUCGUCGUUGAAACUCAGCGGCAGCUCUGUGGCCAGAUGCUGCGCGAAGCCAACUUCAUUACGGAUCUGAACUACCCGGAGAUGCUACGAGAUCUUUUCAUGGAACAAAUUUUCCUGUGCGCCUACGCAGGCUUCGGCGAAUUUCGGAACCCAUCCUGGUUGGUGCAGAUCGUUGGUUGGCAAAGUUCCAAUGGGUGCUUCCGCUACCUUUACCAUCGAGAUCCGCUGCAAGAUGGUUCCAACAAUUUGGGUGGAGUUUGCUCGACCCAUAUGACCGGAGUUGGGGCUGCAGUUUUGGGACUGUUUGCGAAGCUUCAGCUAGUGGUUUGAAUCUGUUUGAUGAAUGAAUCUGCUGCCAUCGAUGUUCGAUAAAGUUGUGUUUUUAAGCUCUA